AUGUUCUUUAAAGAGCUACAUAGCACAGACGGAGCAACUUGUAAGUUUCAAGGACCAGUCGAUAUUCCCAGUUUCUACGAGAAGGGCGAUGUUGUCCUGGGAGGGCUAUUUCCUUUGCACUACAGACCAGCGCCUUACCUUCCUUCAUUUCAGACCGAGCCCCAAUCAGUCAGCUACGUAUAUUUCAGUCCUCGGGCACUUCGAUGGAUGCAAACCAUGAUUUUCGCCGUUGAAGAAAUUAACAAACGCCAAGACCUUCUGCCUGACAUAAAGCUGGGGUAUCACAUCAUGGACAGCUGUAACGACAUACAGCCUUCUUUGAGAAGUUCCCUAGUCCUUGUGAACGGCCAGCCGGCCGAUGCGGGUAACCACACCUGUGCCGGGGUCGGGAGAGCGGUCUCGCCAGUGAUCGUUGGAGAUGCGGCUUCUGGGGUGUCGAUGGCUGUGUUGAGAACUCUGGGGUCCUUCCACAUCCCACUGGUGAGCUACUUCGCGUCUUGCAGUUGUCUAAGUAACAAGCGCGAGUUUCCAGCUUUUAUGAGAACCAUGCCCAGCGACGCCUACCAGAUAAAGGCGAUAGCUCAGCUUGUCAGUUAUUUCAACUGGACCUGGGUCGGAGUCCUUGGAGUCGAUAAUGACUAUGCGCACUUUGCAAUUCAACACUUCCUGGAAGAAUCCAGCAGGCUAGAUGUGUGUGCUGCGUAUGUUCAUUUCUACCCGCUUUCUCCAAAUAAAAAAGAUGUAAUCAAAGUGAUAAACAUUAUUAAAAGUUCCUCUGCAAAGGUUGUUCUCAAUUUUUCAGGGGAAUCUGUUUUACAGUCGAUAUUAAGUGAGUGCAGACGUCAGAAUGUCACCGAUAUACAGUGGAUUGCAAGUGAAGCUUGGGCGACUGCAAAAUCUCUGUGGAAAGAAUUCCAUGACCUUUUAAAGGGAACUGUUGGGUUUGCGAUUCGCAGAGCUGAAAUUAAAGAUCUUGGUGAUUUUCUGGGCAGAAUUAAUCCAUCUCACGCACGCAAAUUCGCCUUCAUUGCGGAAUUCUGGGAAGAAACGUUUGAAUGUAAAUUGAACCAUUCCUUGAACACCCAUACGCACGGCGAUGCGUUUCCGAGGAAGCCCUGUACGGGGCGGGAGAGCCUGGAGAGGGUGUACUCUGAGUACUCAGAUGUGUCUCAGCUCAGGGUUUCCUACAAUGUGUACAAAGCCGUGUAUCUGAUAGCGCACGCCCUGCACACGCUGAGCAGGUGCGAGAAUGGAAGCGGUCCUUUCCCAAAUCAGAGAUGUGUGGACGUGAGACAAGUACUUCCGUGGCAGUAUUUCCUGAUGUCCUUUCUUUACAGGAUACAGAAGGGAAUGUCACCUACUGUCCCUCGGUCUGUGUGCAGUGACAGUUGUUCUCCAGGUUCAAGAAAGGCCACUCGCAGGGGACAGCCUGUCUGCUGCUUCGACUGUGUCCCAUGUGCUGAUGGGGAGAUCAGCAGUCAGACAGACUCCCUCGAUUGUACGAAAUGCCCACUGGAGACAUGGUCAAACAAAGCAAGAGACCAGUGCAUCCCAAAAGAGGUGGAGUUCUUGUCCUAUUCUGAGUCAAUGGGAAUGGUACUGACAGUGGUGUCGACACUUGGAGCCUGUGUCACCAUAGCUGUUUCUGGGGUGUUCAUCUUCUUUAGAAACACCCCCAUCGUCCGCGCAAAUAACAUGGAGUUGAGCUUUUUGCUGCUGCUAUUCCUCAUUCUGUGUUUCCUUAUUGCACUUACAUUCAUAGGAGAGCCAACAGACUGGUCUUGCAUGGUCCGCUACACAGCGUUUGGCAUAGGUUUUGCUCUGUGCAUUUCCUGCAUUCUUGCAAAGACAGUGGUUGUGCUUGUUGCUUUCAGAGCCACUCUCCCUGGCAGCAAUGUCAUGAAGUGGUUCGGUCCCACACAGCAAAGAGCCAGUGUGUUUGUCUGUACCUCAGUCCAAAUUCUGAUCUGUAUAGUGUGGCUGAUAACCAGCCCUCCACAUGCUGCACAUAACACUGUGUAUCGAAGUGCAAAGAUCAUCUUGGAAUGUGCUGUUGGGUCAGUGCUGGGAUUCUGGGGUGUUCUGGGUUAUAUUGGACUGUUAGCUUGUCUGUGUUUUUUUAUAGCCUUUUUAGCCAGGAAAUUGCCAGACAACUUUAAUGAAGCAAAGUUUAUAACUUUCAGCAUGCUGAUAUUUUUUGCAGUGUGGAUAACCUUCGUCCCAGCCUAUGUUAGCACUCCAGGAAAGUAUACUGUAGCUGUGCAGGUCUUUGCUAUUCUGGCAUCAGCGUUUGGUCUCCUGUCCUGUAUCUUUGCCCCAAAGUGUUACAUUAUUUUAUUAAGACCUGAGAAAAAUUCCAAGAAAUAUUUAAUGGACAAAAGUAAUAAGAAGCACCAAAGAAAGAGAACCAAUUUUAUUAAUACCUGAGAAAAAUACCAAAAAGUAUUUGAUGGGCAAGGGUGAUAAGACUCAUUAAAGAAAGAGAUCCAGUUUUGAAUCUUUAUCAAAAUCGCAUUAAAAUAUUGUGUGCUUCUAAGUAUAAUUAAAAAAAAACAUUAUUCUUUCUUGGUAUAUAUUUUCUUUCUUUAAAAACAUUCUUUAAAGAAUCAAGAAACAGAUUAUUAAUAGUAUGAAACUUGAUUGGUUAUGAAUUUUACUAUUUAUAUCUCCAAGAAUAAAAUAAAAUACUUACAGUUGCUUUGUCAAUUCAUUGUCUGAUAAACAUAAAAGAUGCCAUCCAUUCUUACCAUUUUGAUAAUUAUGUUGCUAUUUGUUUUCUUUCAACAUACUUCUAUACUGAUAUUCUGUAUUAUAUUUUUGACAAGAAAAAGCAAAAAGGAAAACUAGAAGUAAUAAAACAUGUUAAAAUUGAAACAGAUAUUGCACGGAUUAUGCUUAGAUGCUCACAUGCUCUCUACGUUUUAUUACCAUAUGCCUUUAUCAUUUUCUGUCUUGUUGUAAUAUGUAUUAUGCAAUAAAACUUAGAAAAUA